CAACAGUUAGCGUCGGUGAUAUUACGGUUAUGAGUGCCUUCUAAUAACAUUCGCGAAUUGCCUGUUGAAGCGCUCUGUGGGGCAAUAGUUUUCCUCAGGUAUCCGGCCAAUAAUAGCUAGAACCAUGCUGAAUUGUAACUGGAUCGAUGGCAAUCUUUUGCUUAGCAUUUUGAAGGCAGAUCAUGAAUCCGGAGCGAAUCAGAUCCAAAUUGUUGACUUCAAAGUGGAAGCAGCUACCAAAAAGGGUGAUAACUACGCCAGUGAGAUGUACAGGGCCGUUAUAGAGUUCGAAAAGGAUGGGAAGUUCAAGAUGUGCAGACGUAUUUUGAAGGUUAUCCCAUCUGGAGAAAUUCAACGGAUGAUCAUGGAAAAGAACAGUAUUUUUCCCAGAGAAAUAGCUGUUUACAGAGAUAUCCUACCAAGAAUCCACAGUUUGCUGGAAAGCAUAGGGGACCACUCAUUAAUCUCUCCAAAGUGUAUCUUCACGACGGAUGAUCCAAAAACCAUGUUGGUCUUUGAGGACAUCAAAGAUUCGGGAUUCCAGAUGGUAGAUCGUAAGCUAGGCCUGGAUUUGGAGCAUUCCAAAUUGGUCAUAAGUAAACUGGCAAAGUUGCACGCAUGUUCGGCGGUCAUCUACCAAUCAGAUCCCGUUUUGAUGGAUCCGGUGCUGGAAGGUGCAAUUUCUACAAACCCUGACAGACAGGACUUUUUGGAGUUUUACAGAAUGUGCUCCCGCCAAGUUGUGCAACUUGUAAAAAGCUGGAACGAUCCUUCGUACGACCAUCUGCUGGAAAGGUUAGAAAACCUUCAAAAGACUAUCAUAAGCAAAGGAGUACAGGUUUAUACUCGAGAUGAUUCCUGUUUCAACGUGUUGAACCAUGAUGACGUUUGGACCAACAAUAUGAUGUUUAAAUACGGCGAAAAGUCCGUUGAGGAUGUCCUACUGUUUGAUUAUCAACUAGCCUAUUACGGAUCACCGGGGGUGGAUUUAAACUAUUUCCUCCAUGCAGCCGUUCAAGAGGAAGUUCGCGAAAAUAACUGGCUGGAAUUAAUAAGGGAUUACCACGACAUUUUGAAAUCAACCUUGAAAAAACUGGAAUACACCGGAAAAAUGCCAACGCUGGAAGACAUUCAUGUGGAGAUCGUACGGAAAGGAUUUCACAGGGUGAAUGCUGUGUUCUGCCUAUUGCCAAUUGCGUUUAUGGAGCGGACAGAAAAUGCCGAGAUGGACGUGUUUCUACAGGAAAGCGAAGCCGGCAGAGCGUUCAGAAAGCAGAUAUUCUCCAAUCCACGCUUGGAGGGAAUUCUGAAGCGGGCGUUGGUCAAAUACAAUCAAUUAGGUUAUUUCGAUUGAUGGCAGUGCAAUACAAACACGAAUUCAAAGAGUAGUAUGGUUUGAAUGCGAUUCGUCAAACUAGAAUGUACCUAUGUACAAGACAACUAUCAAACAAUAAUUUUCAGGGCGCAGUGAUGAAAAUUUGUAAGGAUAAAAUUACUAUAAGUUUGAAUGCAAUCAACAAUCCAGUGUUUUAUCAAUAAAAGUGUUGAAUAAAGUUAUUCCACAUUAA